AUAUACAUAUAUAUACUCACUAUAUACAGGGGGCCGGCGGCCAGUGAAGUCGAUCGAUCAGGCCAGUCAGCCCAAGGAAAAGAGAAGACGGGAGAUCAAUAUGGCGCCGGUGGGACUGCCUCCAGGUUUCCGGUUUCAUCCAACCGACGAGGAGCUCGUGAAUUACUAUCUCAAGAGGAAAAUUCAUGGUCAAGAGAUCGAACUCGACAUUAUUCCCGAGGUCGAUCUUUACAAGUGCGAGCCAUGGGAGUUAGCAGAAAAAUCAAUUUUGCCAAGUAGAGAUCCAGAAUGGUAUUUUUUUGGACCGCGGGAUCGAAAAUAUCCCAACGGAUUUAGAACAAACAGAGCAACUCGAGGUGGGUACUGGAAAUCAACGGGAAAGGAUCGGAGGGUUAACUGCCUGAACCGAUCCAUUGGAAUGAAAAAAACUUUGGUAUACUACAGAGGCAGAGCUCCUCAAGGGAUCAGGACUGACUGGGUUAUGCACGAGUAUCGCCUUGACGACAAGGAAUGCGAGGAUACCUCUGGAAUUCAGGAUUCUUAUGCACUGUGUCGAGUGUUUAAGAAAAAUGGAAUUUGCUCUGAAAGUGAAGAACAAGGGCAGUGUAGUUUAUCAUUAAUUGAGACCUCGCAUGGAUCAGGAUCAUCAAGUGUAAUCAAUGACUUCGAAACAAUGUCUCCUCUUGAUGUUCCUCCCACAUCGUCAUCGUGCCUAGAUGAAGAAGAUAAAGACAACUCAUGGAUGCAGUUCAUCACUGAUGAUGCGUGGUGUUCUAAUGUCUGUAUGGCUGGAGAAGAAGUCUCCCACAACACAUUCACAAAUUAACUACUCCAAAAUUCAAGGAGUAGUUCUUAUAUAUUUCAAACAUGGGUGGCGAAUAAUAGAUGCUUUAAAUUUGAAUACAUUUUUCAUAUACUUAACCAAUUAAUUAAUAAAACAUACACUAUUAAUUAAUUUCAUCAUUUUUGUAAAAUUUCUUAAUUUUAUGUAUAGAUUACGUUCAAUUGACGUAGUCAUCUUCAUAUUGUGGCUUGGUUCAACUUUAUUUUACAUGCUUAAGGGAAUGAAGCUAGAUAUAUAUAUGUAC